GAUCGGAGCUCACGACGAAUUGACGAUCUACGAAUGAUUUGAAAUUGGGAGACAAAAGCUCCGUGAUGGCCAGAUUCUGUUCCCCACACGCCAAAGAGCUCUGACCUGACGAUCUCCCGUACAGAGAUCAUGGGUCAGACCUUUCAGAAUUUGUCAAACAUCAAUCAAUAACAGCUUCAACUCCAAUCAAACUCGACGACUCCACAUGUCUUCAUCUUGUCCCACAGUCAGAAAAUACCACGCACCACAAUGAGCCAACAAUCCAUCCGCUCGCUUUUCAUCGCCUCCAUCGGAAAUCCAGGCCGUUACCGCAACACCCGUCACAGCGCCGGCCAUGUCCUCCUCGACGCCAUCACGCCCCUCCUUCCGAACCAUCUCCCACCCAGAUACAAGACAUGGCAGAGUCCUUCGCUCAUGAACGACUCUGGCAGAAAACUCGUUCGCGAACUUGAAACCUUCAAGCGCCUUGAAACAAGCACUACCAUGAAUGCGAAACCCUUGACUCUUGUCAUCCUCCACGACGAACUCGAGAAACCGCUGGGCAAAAUAGUCGUGAGGCGUGGGGGCCCGGAAAAGUACAGCCUGCGCGGUCAUAAUGGACUAAAGGAUAUCUUCCAGUGGCUGGACAAGAAGAAGAUGUAUCCGCAUGACCCGGCACUGUCGAUUUUGCGGAUUGGGGUGGGCAUUGGGAGGCCGUCGAGUCGAAAUUCGGACGAGGUUUCGAAAUAUGUGCUGACGGCAAUGGGGUUGAAAGAGCUGGAUGCAAUAAAUAGGGCAGCUGGGUAUGCGGUGGAUGUCCUGGCUGAGGAGGCUGGUAGGACUGAGGAUGGUAAUCCAUUGCCGGAGCCCACGCCGUAAGAAUCGGACGCCGCCGAUGUGGGGGGAAGGGGGGCGGGAAUGUUGUGCUUUAUUUGUAGAAU